CACGCCGCUCAACCAACAUGGGCAAGCGGGGAGUGUCGGCCGACGAAAAGAAGCAGCGCAUGCUCGGCAUGUUUCACGCUUCGCGUGCAGUGUACACCAUGAAGGACAUCGAACGCGACGCGCCCAAGCUCGGCAUCAUCUCCAACGCAGUCAAGGACGUGCUCAAGGAGCUCGUGUGCGACGACCUCGUGCACGAGGAGAAGGUCGGCAUCUCGACCUACUACUGGUCCUUCCCCGGCGAGCUCGGCGCCAAGAAGCGCGGCGAGGCGGCCGCCAUCCGCCAGCAGACGGCGCGGAUGCGAGCCGAGGCAUCGCAGCUUCGCGCGGCGGCGGCCGAGCGUUCGGCUCGCGACGGCGGCGCGGGCCCCGAGGAGGGCGUGGAGGCGGAGCGAGCCACCGCGUCCAUUGCUGCGCUGCAGGCGCAAGAAGCCAAGCUCGACGGCGCGCUCGAGGCCGACAAGCUCGCCGGCGUCCUCGACCUGCGCCAGCGCCUUUCCGACCUGCCGCACCUGAAGGACGCAGCCAACCGCUGGACGGACAACUGCUUCGAGGUGCGCAAGAAGUUCAUCGAGAAGUUCAACAUGGAUGCGAAGGAGGUGGACAAGCACUUUGAGAUCCAGGGGCUCGACUACAUCGACUGACGUGCCCGCGGCCUCGUCUGUCGCCGACGAGCAGCUGCGGCGCCGAGAGUGACGGCCUCUGGCAUGGCCGGCUCCGCUCGCGAACCAGCGGAGGAGAACUGCCGCACCGCGACAGUCUACGUCUGGCAUGUGUGAGCCUCUGCCACGAUUUGUUGUGUGGGCGGGUGUAAUCUACAGGAGCAGAUACCGGUCGGCGCAUGUUUGGGGGUGGCUGUGGGGUGAGAGAGAGAGUGGUUGGGGUGUGCUUCUGGCGCGCGAGGUUUGAAAUUCUUUUUACGAAGC